UAGAAGGCAGAAGUGGUCUGUGGAUCCACGAAAUAGCGCCUGGAGUAAAGAUGAAUCUAAAUUUGGCCAGAAGAUGCUGGAAAAGAUGGGCUGGUCCAAAGGAAAGGGUCUUGGGGCUCAAGAACAAGGAAAUACAGAACAUAUCAAGGUUCAGGUGAAAAACAACACGCUGGGGUUAGGAGCAACCAUCAAUUACGAGGACAACUGGAUUGCUCAUCAGGAUGACUUCAACCAGCUUCUGGCUGAACUGAAUGAUUGCCAUGGACAGGGUGAAACAGAGUCCUCAGUGAAUACUCGGAAGAAAACAUUCAGUCUCGAAGAAAAGUCCAAAUCUUCCAAGAAACGUGUCCAUUAUAUGAAGUUUGCAAAAGGUAAGGAUCUCUCUUCGCGCAGUGAAGAUGAUCUCUCCUGCAUAUUUGGGAAGCGACAGAAGAGUAUGAAGACACAGGAGGAUGUUACCGAUCCCGAGUCUCAGGAAGAGAAGAAGAGGAAUCGCUGGCUAUCUGAGCCUGCAGACGGCUACAAUACAGUGAAGAGUGGCCUCACUGUACAGGAAUAUUUCGCCAAGCGCAUGGCAAAACUGAAGGGAUCCCAGAAUGAAAUAGAAACAAAGGCAGACCAUUCCUGCCCAACAGCUGACGAAGCUUUGGAGCCUUCAGAAGAACUGAAAACCAAGGUCAAAAAGAAAAAGAAGAAGCAGAAGAGAGAUGAGGCGGAGGGUACAGAGUAUUGCGAGAAACCAGAAGUGAAACAGCCUAAGAUAGGUAGCUUGAAUGGAAAAGAACUGGAUGCUCCGUUAAAUGAGUGUCACUCAAGGAAAAAGAAAAGGAAACAUAAAGAGCAGCAUGAAGGGGAAAGGAUUAGUUGUGAUGAAAAUAUGGUCAGUGGAGAAAUUUGUACGGGUUUAUCUGAUGGGGAAGAUCUCAGCGUAAAGGACUAUGAGGCAAAGCAAAAGAAACGCCAUAAGAAGAAACACAAAAGGCAAGAAGAGGAGACAGAGGAGUGUAUCGAAGGAGCGCAGAGAAAGAAAAAGAAGCACUGCAAGCACAUUUAACCAUUUAAGAGUCAAGCUGGGACUCUGAGGGGACUGGAAUUUUAGCAUGUCUGUGUAAACACCCCAGCCAGGCAUCACUCUGUAACCCAGUCUUGAGCACACUGCUCUACCUCCAACUGAAACCACAGGCUGUGUUUAAAUAUGGCUCUUAGAAUCAGAACCGUUUAGGUUGGAAAAGACCUUUAAGAUGACCAAGUCCAACCGUUACCCUAACAUUCUUCCAAGAGAGAACAUGGUGGCAGGCCAACAUGAGCUUCAGUGCCAUGGUAAUAAGGUCUCCCUGUGUAGGUUUGCAUGUCUGCAAAGCCAGACUUGAUUAAAAAACAGGCUUUGCCUCUUCCAGUAUGGCAGACGGUUCACCUUAGUGGCUUGUUUUAACUAGGAGCUGUGUUUUAACACAGCAGACCCCACGCUGCCUUCAGCACAGGUUCACCACGCUGCCUUCAGCACAGGUUCACCCCGCUGCAACUCUGUUCAAGUCAGAUAACAGCAAGCAAAAUCAGGCCUGGGUUUAACUGCUGUGGUUAAGACUGUGAAAGCCAGUGAACACAGACUGUGUUUUUCUCAAUCCAGGGAAAAAAAAAAAGUCACCCUAGCACUGCCUUUAUUAUUAAAGCCACUGUUGUGAUAGCCCAGCGCUGCUCCUGGGAACAGGAGGGGUUUUGCAAAGCUGUAUGUAUUUUUCCAUUGAUUUUUUGCAGUCGUGUCUAAUUUUUUUCAUUGAUCUCCUUUUACAUGUAAAAUGAUGGUUGUUUCUUCGCAAAAUACUUAGUCCAAUUAAAGGUUUACGCCUCAGUGUCAGUACUAAAGAAUGAAAUAAAAAAACCCCUAGUAGUUAACUGCUGUCAAGCAAUUGUAACUUUGCAACAAAGCUAAAGGAGCUGUGCCUUUAUUAACCAUAUCUAAACCUUUGGUCCCCAGGCAACAUUCACGGUACCUUCAGUGGAGCAUCUGGAAUUCAAAAAGUUGUCUUGGAUCGAGCAAGGUUUUCUGUGAAAUUAGGAGACCAAAAUGAUCUUAAAAGCUUAGCUGGUGAGACGCAUUAGUACUGGCAUUUGUACAUUGAAAAUCUGCACUUCAGGUUUAUAACUACGUUAGAGCUUGUUUCUAUUUGUAAACCUGGAAGUAAGGAAUGCUGGAACUCGGCACUACCACCGGCAGCUGUCUAUGAGAGCUUAACCCUUCGGGAUGGAUUUUGGUAGCUAAGUGCUGUCAGAAGAGAUGGGUGAGCUUGGAGGUAAAGUGGUGGAAUGGGAAGAAGCAUUCACCAUCCUCCAGCCUGGUUCUGAUGCUGCUUUGACCACAGCAAAUUGACAGCACAACCCUGAAAGCCGCCCAGUUAUCAUGGUGUAAUGCAGAGUAGCUGACCAGAAUUCAUAUCCAUGAGCUGUUCCUUUGACUUUGGGCUGCAUUUCAUCGGUGUGAAUCUAAAACAUCCCAUUGGCCUGCUCUGCUGAAUAAAAGGGGUACAUUUUUAUAAUCGUCUUAGCUCAGUUGAGUUGCUUAACGUGGUUUGUAAAACAUUGUCAAGAUGCAGAUGUUAAUACGAAAAAAUUUCCUGAAGCUGCCUUUAUUGUCCAGUGGGAGAAAGGGAGUCUGGAGCACACAUUCCACAUGGCUUCAGAUGCUUCAGCUGCAGCUGAACUCUCCCUUUUCAAGAUCUCUUGGUGUGCAAUGCACCUUUCUUGCCCUCAGGACAUGCUCCUUCAUUGCAGCAAAAUUACUGUCAGUUUAGUUAUUGUAAGGGAGAAGGAGAUGCCUUUCUCUGUGUUUCACUGCUGGCGUGCCAGCGGUUUUUAACCCUUGUAGCAUUUGCUCUUUGGUGCUGUACAAAUAUUAGCCAUGCUGAUGCCGCGACGGCUGGGCUUGUUCCCUGGCUUGAUACCACGAGGUUGCUAUAGAAUUGCGAGGAAGCUCCGUGCUUGAGGUGAAAAAAAAUAAUCUUCUCAAUAGAAGAAGACAGCAAAGUAAGUUUUCAUGUUGUGUUAAAGCAUCCUAAGUUUUGUGGGUGCCCUUCAAGGCAGCCUUUCUCAU